ACGCUCUCCCGGGCUGCCGCUGGUCUGCGGGGCGAGCGGGACCCGCGAUGGGCUCGGCUUUGGAGGCGAGGGUGCGCGCCGCGUUCCGGGACCGGCUGCAGCUGCUGAAAAUCCCGGGAAAGGAAGAUGACUUUUUGCCCCCUGCUUGCCACCUUUUGGCAAAACGAAGGGAGCUGGCAGAGGUGGAGAGGGCUCUGUUGGCUAAGAAAGAGGAGUUCCAGAUGAAGAUGGAAGAGCUGCAGGAGCGGCGACAGGAGUUGGAACAUAAAGAAGGGCAACUCAAAGAGGCCAUCUUAAAGUUUGACAAGUUCUUGAAGGAGAAUGAUGCCAAACAGAAACGGGCCCUGCGCAAAGCCACCGAGGAGCAACAGCAAGCAUCUCAGCGAGGGGCAGAAGCCGAGCGCCUCCGGCCGGAAAUUGCUCGGCUGCAGAGGGCGAAGGAGAAGCUGCAGCGGCGUCUGGCAGCUCAUAAAGCCUUCCCGGAAUACCUACAGAAGGUUCUGGAAAAGUCAGAGCAGGCACAGUUUGGGGAAAUCCCAGAGCUGAUCGGUCGGUUCCAGACCCUGAUGUCCACCCAGGCCAGCUUGGCCCAAAGGGAGCUGGUGGCCCGUGAAGCUGUGGAAGAGGAGCACGCCCGCCUGCAGCAGUACGUGGAGGAGAGCAGCAACCAGAUCCUGCAGCAAAACAACCGGGUGGCCGAGCUGCAGUCGCAGCUGGACCAAAUCCGGACCAGAGUCCUGGAAGGGGAAUCUAACUGGAUCCGCAUCCAGAACACAGCUGCUAACAAGACGCUGGAGCUUGGGCAGAUCAAGCUGGCCGCCUUGAACCUCUUCCAGAUGGUUGCCAAGCACAGGACGGUGCCGGCCGAUGUUGCCCCGGAUGACACAGCAGCCCAGCUUUAUGUGGUCCAGCAGUGCAUUGUGGACUUGACUGAUAUCCUAGCUGACUUCCGCAAAGGGGAACCGACGUACCUUCCACAACCAGAACGGACGUCUGCCUCUCAGUUGGAAACACAGCCCACUUAGCCGCUUCCAGGAACCUGGGUUUUCUGAACGGAUGCAUGUUGAGAACUUGGAAAACUUACUCGGCUGGACGGACAGCAGUCCCAAGAAGUAACGUUCCUGAGGUCUUCCCCCCACCACCACCACCACAAUGGGAGAAACAAA